AUGCUUCCAGACGUUUACGGUGUAUUCAAAUUCCUUGUUGACUACCGUCGUAUUGGGUACACGCAUCUUUACAAUGUGCAGCAGGUUUCUGUUCGACCUUUGGAACAUACGCAGUAUGAACGGUUUAUUAGAAGCGCAUUUCCAUACUACGUCUCGGCUUUUUCAAUGAUUGUUGGUCUUAUGUUGUUUUCUUGUGUAUUCUUAUACCAUAAGGAUACUUCAAUAAAAGAACAUAAGAAGGAGUAG